AGGACACCGCGGAAACUCAUCUCCAACAACCCUCCAGUCAAUGCUGUUCGAGAGAUUCAUCAGAGAAUCGGAAGCAGUUCAAUCCCGAAGCAAUUUCACUUUUCCUAAAUCCUAAUCCCUUCGCUUGUCGCCGAUGAGCGCGGCGACGGAGGAGGGGCGGCCGGACGGCGAGGAGGAUUCGCCGCGCGCGGAGGCGUUCCUGGAGAUCCUCGGCCGGGUCCAGCCGGGGGAUGCGGAAGCGGAGCUCUCCUCCUGCGGCAUCGGCCCGACGGCGGAGGUCGCGGAGCAGGUGCUCAGGUCCCGCGUCUGCUACUCCCGCCCCAAAUCCGCCGUCCGCUUCUUCGUCUGGUCGGGCCGGUCGGUGAAGCACACCGGCUACGCCUGGAACCUCCUCGUCGACAUCCUCGGCAAGGCCGACAUGGAGGAGCCCAUGUGGGACGCCGUCCGCACCAUGAACAAGGAGGGCGGCGGCCUCGUCACCGUCGCCACCUUCGCCUCCAUCUUCUCCUCCUACUGCGCCAGCGGCAACCUCAGGAAGGCCGUCGAGGCCUUCGACGUCAUGGGGAAGUACGGCGUGGAGCCGGACGCCGUCGCCCUCAACUCCCUCCUCUCCGCCAUGUGCCGCGGGGAGGGCCGCGCGCAGGCGGCGCAGGACCUGUUCGAGCGCACCAAGGCCACCGUCGCGCCCGACGCGGACACCUUCGGGAUUCUCCUCGAGGCGUGGGAGAAAGAGGGGAACGCCCAGCGCGCCAAGAGCACCUUCGGCGAGAUGAUUGUCCGCGUCGGCUGGGACGCCGGCAACAUGCCCGCGUACGACGCCUUCCUCUCCACGCUUGUGCGCGGGGAUCAAUUCGGCGAGGCGCUCAAGUUCCUUCAGGUGAUGCGGUCCAAGGGCUGCCUCCCGGGGCUCAAGUUCUUCGCCAGGGCAAUCGACCUUGUCGUCCGCAAGCGCGACUAUGCGAACUCUUUGGCCAUUUGGCAAAUGAUGAUCUCGGAUGCUGGCCUUGUACCAAACCUCCCCAUGUACAAUGCCAUGAUCGACCUCUGUUGCAGUGUUGGUGAUACCGACUACGCCCUCCGCAUGCUCGACGAAAUGCCCUUCAAUGGCGUCUUUGCAGAUUUUAUCACGUACAAUGCCAUACUUGAAGGGCUCAUCAAGCAGCGCAAGGCUCGUGAGGCUGAGGCUUUCCUCGCAGAGAUGAGCAAGAACGAGCAGCUGCCCUCCCCAACCAAUUGUGCUGCUGCUAUCAGCAUGUUCUCUAAGGAGUUUAACCCGUCAGCAGCAAUCGAUGUGUGGCACUGCAUUGUGGAGCACCAGAUUACUCCGGCUGAUGAGUCAGCCAGAGAACUAAUAGUUGGGUUGCUUGAUUUUGGCAGGUUUGCUGAGGUGAAGAAAUAUACUGAUGAAAUGCUUGACAUGGGAAUUGAGUUACCUCAGUCAACCAUUGAUAAUAUGAAGCGCACAUUUGAUAAGGUUGGCAAGCACCACACAUAUGACCAUAUUGCUAGAAGGCCAAAGCGGUGUUAGCUAUACAUCACCAAUUUAAUCAUAAUAGGCUGCCUAAAAGUAUUGACAGUAGUGGUAUGAACCGCCUAUUCUCUGAAACGUAGCAGCGUGAUGAACAAGAUCAAAUCAAGUGGUUGGACUGUCCUUGGUGCGUUCGUUGGCAUCAGCAUCUGCGCUUCCUGUCAUAGACGCCUCUCGCCUGAAUCGAGGAUUAAAUGAAAUCAAACGGUGAGAGUACAUGCUGAUGUGUGGAUUCAAGUCCAACAAUUAAAAGGGCAUAAAAUGUAGAAGAGCAAAUCAAACAUUUGUUUCAUUUGGAAGAUCUCAUAGUUUUUGUGCUAUUAGCUUGUCCUUCACAUGGCACUGUAGUGCCUAGGGGUGUAGAUAUAGUUGUUUCAAGAAUCCAGUCAUUAACAUGUCACCAUGUGCCUUUAUUUUUAGAUCUGCAAGUCUAUGGGAUGUCGAUAAAGUUUUCCUGAGAGGGUGUUGAGUUCUUUGGUAUGUUAGUAUUGCCAUAUGUCCACUUGUCCAGGAUGAGAAGAGGCGAGUUCUGGGUCUCUUGGAAGGCUGCAUGGGUACAACCACGGUGAGUUGCUAAUUUCAUCACAUAUGUUGCCUAUCCAUUGCCGUGAUUUGCAGGUGUGCCAGAAUGGGAUAGUGAUUUGCAUGCGUGUUCCGUCAUAGUUGGGUCUGAACAGGAUAUCGAUGUAUAAAAAUGUGGUUUAUUUUAUUUUAUUUAGGUCUGCAUGAUAUAAUAGAGUGAUGGACAUGCAUCAUCUAGUUUCUAAUCAACCUUUAGGGGAAAUGAUCAAAUCCACUCAACUAUGGGGCAAACAAUACAUGGCCUUGGGGGAAAAGAAAGAAAGAUCGAUUUCCCGUAAGAGUAAAAGUUGUCAUUAAGCCAUUAUCCUGCUGAUCCUUAUAUUGUUUUCCUUUUGUUGUUAUUGUUCAACUUCAGCUAUUUGAAGGCGGAUUUUGGAGUAAAAGGUAUUCCACAGAGUUGCUCCAUUUCAAUAUCGCUACUGAAAUAUUACGGGUUUGUUGUGUUGAAAAUUGAACUUAGGCGAAGUGCUUCAGUGUCAAUUUGCAACACGGGAAACCUGUAUAGUUUUGAAAUCUACUGUUAUUACCAGCAAUCCAGCAUUUUUAUCACCCAUUUUGUGUUGGGUUUUGAUUGCACGUUGAUUGUUUUAAUACAAGAAAUUGCUUUUUGCUGGAGAUUGUGUUGUUUUUUAGUUGAAUUUUUAUGCUUAAGAUCAGAUUGGCAUUCUUCGAAGGGGAUAUGCUUUGUUGAAUCGGUUCCAUUGAUCUGAGAUUACUUGGUUGUUAGCUGGCUAAGGUGACAGUUCUCCCAUAUUCUUCAACUUAAGUCAGCUUAACAUAUCCGUUGCUCCGACAUCCCAAUUGUUAUGUAAAGAAUCUAAUAUGUUUUAAAAUAUAUACUUGUUUUUCUAAUUUGUAUUACACUAUUACUCCUUUAUAUCUGGACCUUCCAGGUGCAGAUCAUCAUAUACGCAAUCCAUCUUAUUUUUACA